GAAGGCGGAAGUUGGGAAUUUUGAAGCUGCUACAGCUGGAAGGAGGCAGGUGAUAUUCCUGGAGAAUGGAGCCUCAAGGGAUUGCCCGAGGCGCCCCUGCCCACGCUCCCAAAGACGGCCCCGGCAAGGCUGCCGUGCCCCAGAAGAAUGCUUACGCCCGGCUCGUACAGAAGCACCACAGCGGGAGGUUCCGGUCCUACCUGAACCACAUCGCUCAGAAGCUCCAGCUGGAGGACGGCGCCCUCAACGACUCGGGCUUGGACCCCGAAGCAGCCGCGAAGGGUGGCCUGGUGAGGGAAGCCCUGUCGAGAAACGGGGUGCAGGCGCCCGGAUGCUUGCCCGCUGGGGUUCUGCAGCUGGGGCCCGAGAAUCUGAGCGAAGGCAAAGAUCUGAGCAUUGCCGGGAAGAGAAGAGAGCCUGGCCCUGGCAGAGGAGAGGAGGAUGAGGUAGUGGAAGACGAGGAUCCGGCUCCUAAUUGGCGUGGCGAUGCAGCUGUCUCGUCAGGCGCAAGGCAGGUACGGGCCAGCCGGGGGACAGCGCCCAGGCCGGACUUCUCUCCGCACAAAACCCCCGACUUCGAAGAGAGGGACAGAGAAGAGCCGUGGAAGAGCAGCCGGGAGGGCCAUGCCACUGCGGGCAAAGCAGAGAGCUUCGCUUCACCAGGGCAGUUCAGCUCGGAUUUGCCGGCAAACGCCAGGAAGGGCAGUCACUUGUCUCCCAGCCAAACCCAGGGAGGAGACAGGCGAGGGCUAGCGAGGACCAGGAACAACUCCGAAUCGGCCAGAGCUGCCCCGCAUGUGGACCGGAGGCGCCAACUCUCUGAAUCCCAGGCAGAUACGAUGAACAGCUCUGACUGCAGGGUGGCUCUCAGGCAGCUGGGAACUCCCAGAGGAGGCCCCUAUGCUACUUGUUCAACCCCUGGUGACAGGAAGAAUCGGAAUAAGACGGCUCGGGGCAGGAAGAAGGUGUUUGAAGCCUACAUGUCAAAGGAGGAGGUCUCGGCAGGCCUGAAAAGGAAGCAGCUGAUCCAGGGAUCCUUGAGAAUAAACCCCAAGAAGUACCACGAGGCCUUCAUUCCAUCUCCAGACGGCAUCCGGGAUAUCUUCAUCGAUGGCGUCGUUUCUCGCAACAGAGCUCUGAAUGGGGACAUUGUGGUGGUGAAGCUGCUUCCGAAGGACCAGUGGAAGGUAAUCAAGCCCGAGGGUGGUGACAAUGAAGCGGAAGCUGCUCAAGGAUCAGAUGCCCCCAGGAAUUCACUGGGUGCCUCCGUUCCGAGCAAUCCAGCCAAAGGGGAUGCCGACAGCCCAGACGUUAUCAUAGAGGCUCAUGUUGACGGUGACAACGAAGACCCUGAGCACAGGCAAGAGACCUCAAGUGAGGCAAAGGAUCUCGGGCAGCUGUCCUCUGGAGCUGGCGAAAAGGGGCGGGACCCAGAGACCUGCGGGGGCCGCCAUGCAAGAGGGGAAGACUCCCCCAAGGCAAAUGAUCCAGACCAGUUCCUUCAAAAGACGGGCAAGGUGGUCUACAUCUUGGAGAAGAAGCACUCUCGGGCGGCGAUGGGCUCCCUUCGGCUCUUGACCGACCGCAACAGUGAACUCUUCAAGAAGUGCGCCAUGUUCUCCCCCGUGGACCACAGGGUGCCUCGGGCCUACGUCUCUUUGGCCGACUGCCCGCCGGAUUUCGCCUCCAGACCUGAGGACUACUCCAGCACCCUCUUCAUCUGCCGCAUCGUGGACUGGAGGGAGGACAGCAAUUUUGCCAUCGGGCAGUUGGCCCAGAGCCUCGGCCAGGCUGGGGAAAUUGAGCCGGAAACGGAAGGCAUCCUGACGGAAUACGGUGUGGAUUUCUUGGACUUCUCUCCAGAGGUCCUGCAGUGCCUGCCCCAGAGCCUGCCAUGGGUUAUCCCGCCGGAAGAGCUUGCCAAAAGACGAGAUUUAAGGGAGGAAUGCAUCUUCACGAUUGAUCCAUCAUCUGCCAGGGACCUUGAUGAUGCCUUGUCUUGCAAAUUGCUUCCUGACGGUAACUUUGAAGUGGGAGUUCACAUCGCCGAUGUCAGCUAUUUUGUUCUGGAAGGAACAGCGCUGGAUAAGAUUGCAAGCAAGAGGGCGACAAGCGUCUACCUGGUGCAGAAGGUCAUCCCCAUGCUGCCGAGAUUGCUUUGUGAAGAGCUCUGCAGCCUCAAUCCCAUGGCCGACAGGCUCACUUUCUCCGUCAUCUGGAAGCUGACUCCUGAAGGCAAGAUCCUUGACGAAUGGUUUGGGCGGACGACGAUCUGUUCCUGUGCCAAGCUCAGCUACGACCACGCCCAGAGCAUGAUCGAGAACCCGGAAAAGGAGUUGACGGCAGAGGAGCUCCCACCUGUGUCUCCCCGGCACUCAAUCAACGAAGUCCGCCAGGCCGUCCUGAGCCUCCACCUGAUCGCCAAGCAGUUGCGCAAGCAGCGCUUCGUCGACGGCGCUCUCCGCUUGGACCAGCUGAAACUCUCGUUUACUUUGGACAAAGAGAGCGGGAUGCCGCAAAGCUGCUACGUCUAUCAGUAUCAGGAAAGCAACAAGCUUGUGGAGGAGUUCAUGCUCUUGGCCAACAUGGCCGUGGCCCACCAGAUCUACCGCUCCUUCCCGGCCCAGGCCCUGCUGCGCCGCCACCCGCCGCCCCUGACCAAGAUGCUGAACGACCUCUCCGAGUUCUGCAGCCAGAUGGGCCUGGAGAUUGACUUCAGCAGCGCCGGAGCUUUGCACAAAAGCCUGAGUGAAACUUUCGGGACUGGCAAAUACGCAGAAGCCAGGAAGGCGGUGCUGACCAACAUGUUCUCCCGACCCAUGCAGAUGGCCGUCUAUUUCUGCACCGGGGAGCUGGAGGACGAGGCUCUCUUCUGCCACUAUGCCCUGAACGUCCCCCUCUACACCCACUUCACGUCGCCCAUCCGCCGCUUCCCAGACAUCCUGGUGCAUCGGCUGCUCUCCGCUUCUCUCGGUGCCGGCCCCGCCCUGAGGAUGAAGAGCGACGAGAUCCAGAAGCAAGCGGAUCACUGCAACGACCGGAAGAUGGCGUCCAAGAGGGUGCAGGAGCUGAGCGCCGAUCUCUUCUUUGCCAUCUUUGUCAAGGAGCACGGCCCCCUGGAGUCAGAAGCCAUGGUGAUGGGCGUCCUCAACGAAGCCUUUGAUGUCCUGGUCCUGAAGUUUGGCGUCCAGAAGCGCAUCUACUGCAACGCAUUGCCGCUGGUGGGAUUCCAUUUCCAGAAGCUGGGCAAGAAGCCGCAGCUGAGCCUGAUGUGGGAGCCGGAGAGCCCCGAGCAGGAUGCUGUUCAACAGGACAUCGCUAUUUUCACCUUGGUGGAGGUCGUGCUCAGGUCGGACAGCGUUCCCUUGAAGUACAGCGCAGUGCUGAAGAGGCCCAGCGGGAUGGAGGGGGGUGCCUCCUGA